AUGGAUCACCUGACUGCGCUCUUCCAGGGGAUGUGGCGUCAAGGUGAAGUCCCGAAAGAUGUCAAAGACGCAACAAUCGUGCAUCUAUACAAGCGAAAAGGAAACCGCCAACUCUGCGACAAUCACAGUGGCAUCUCCUUGCUGAGCACCGUCUUGAAGAUCUUGGCUCGCAUCCUUCUCAACCGUCUGAAUAAUCAUCUAGAACAGGGCCUUCUAACGGAAAGCCAGUGCGGCUUCCGCCGCCAUCGCACGACCACGAAUAUGAUCUUCGACGCCCGUCAACUUCAGGAGAAGUGCCAGGAGAUGCGGACCAACCUGUGCUCUACCUUAGUGAACCUGACGAAAGCCUUUGACACGGUAAACCGUGACGGUCUGUGGAAGAUCAUGCAGAAAUUCGGCUGUCCCGAACGAUUCAUUCAGAUGGUGCUUCAGCUGCACGACAGCAUGAUGGCGCGAGUCACGGAAAACGGAACUGUCUCAGAGGCAUUCGCAGUGACCAACGGAGUGAAGCAGGGUUGUGUGCUGGCGCCCACCCUCUUCGGCCUUAUGUUCUCUGCCAUGCUGAUGGACGCCUAUCGUGAUGAGCACCCCGGGAUCAGUAUCGCACACAGGACGGACGGUCACCUUCUGAAUCAACGGCGGAUGUCCUUCCAAUAG